AUGUCUACAAUAAAUUCUCAUCGUCAUAGUCGUGAAAAAUUUUAUUCAAUUCCAAAUAUAUCAUCGGAUCAAUUAAUUAUUGAAGAUGGUUUAAAAAAUCCAGCUUUUUCAAAUGAUAAUGAAUCAUCAACAAUGGCAAUUAAUUCUCCACAUACAAUUGUACAUCUUCGUCGUUAUUCAGUAAAUUCUUCAUCAACAACAACAACAACAACAACAUCAUCAGUUUUUUGUCAUCAUUCAUUUUUAUAUUAUUUUUGGCGUUUAUUUAUUUGUUUAAUAACAAUUCUUUUUGCAACAUUUUGUUGUCAUACAAUUUAUCAAUUUAAAAUUCAACAUUUAAAUGCAUAUGAAAAACUACAUAAUAAAACAAAAGAAAAAACAUCAAAAAUAUGUCGAUUAUUUCAAACAAAUUUAAAUUUAUAUUAUAAAAUUCCAACUAAUUAUAUAUCAUUAUGUAUUUUAUUGAUACUUAUAUUAAUUCAAAUUCUUUUUGAAAAUUUUUCUUGUCGAAAAAAACGAACAUUUAAAUCAUUUUGGCAAAAUUUAUCAAUGCCUAUGAUAUUUAAUUCUCAUUCACAUAUUUAUCGUUUUCAAUCAGCUGCUGUAUUUGGUAUAAUAGCAUUAGAAAUUUUACAUAUAUUUGAUGAAUAUAUAAUUCAUGGUGCUAAACAUUUUCAACAUGGACCAUUAUUUGAUUUAAUUAUACAAUUUGGUAUUGGUCUUGUGUUAGGUUUAAGAUAUUUUCCAAUUUUAUCUAUAUUUGAAAAAGAAAAUAAUUAUGAAAAUCGUUUAGAAAAUCUUAUAUCUUAUGGUUUAGGAACAAUUUAUUUAUAUUGUGAAAUUAUUUUUAAAUUACAAUCUGAUAUUAAUUGUGCAGUUGAUAACACAAAAAUUUCAAUUAUUAAAGAUACAUUAGAAAAACUUCAUCAAAUGGGUAUUAAUAUUCAACAAUAUAUGAUUAUAAAUUUAGGUACUAAUCGAACUGGAAAAUUAAAUGAAACAUAUAUAAAUACACGUUAUUGGUAUACAAAUAAAAUACAAAAAUAUACUGAAAAUUUAACAUAUGAUGAUAAAUAUGAAAUUGAAAAUGAAUUAAUACGUUUAAAUUAUUCAUUAGAAUUAAAUAAACAAAGUAUAUUAUAUAAUAUAUUAAGAAAUGCUCCAUAUUAUUAUUUUAUUGUUUAUUUGGCUGUUUGUUUAACAAUAUUAUUUUUAAAUACAUUUCGUGGUAAAUUAAAAAAAUCAUCAUCAUCAUCAUCAUUAAAAUCAUUACCACGUUGGAAAUAUGUUAAAUAUAAUCUAUUAAAAUCAUCAAAAUUUAUAAAUUCAUAUGAACAAUAUAAAUAUUCAUAUUUAUUUCAUUGUUUAAAUUCUUUUAUAAACUUUUUUAAAAAACAUAUUUAUUCAAUACGUUUACAUUUUCGUUAUUCAAAAUUAAUUAUUUGUAUAUAUACAAGUGCAUUUACACUUGUUUAUUAUUUUACAUUUUGGAUUCAAGAUCAUACAUAUAUAUUAACAAAAAAAUUAUUAUUAUUUCUUAAUUUAAUUCUAUGUGGUUUAACUGAUUUAUCAAAAGAUUUAUGUUAUAAUUUAAAUUUAUAUCAUAUUAAUCAAGAUAUUAAAUAUAUUUGUUUAUUAACAGCUUUUAUAACAUGUUUACAAUUAUUUUUUGGUUUAAAACAUUAUCAAAUACAAAUGUGUAAUGCAUAUAGAGGAAUAUUUAUUGAUAUUCCUAAACCAAAAACUAUUUCAUCAGUAUCAAUUAUUAGUCGAUCAAUACAUUAUCCAGGACGUUUUAUGGGUAUAUUUGUUAGAUUUUUUUUUAGUACUAUUUUACAUAGAGAAUUAGUUCACAAU